AAGAUCUCAUGUGCAUUAUAUAAAUAUAAGUAGGUACCUAUAUAACUGGUUGUAUUUGUAUUUAUAUGAUGUAUUGUGGAGAUAUGGAUGUCACUAUAGCGUUGUUUGCAUAUGAAAACAAUUGAAAUGAGUGUCACUCGAAUUUUAAAACGGUAAAAAAAUUAUCGUUAAAAUGUACGUAAAUUUACCUUACCAGGUUAGGUUAGGUUACCUUACCAGGUAAAUUUACCGAGCUCCCAUCUCCAAUCGUUAUAUUUUACGGCAUCGUAAUAACCGAAUUUUACUGUACAUUAAACGUCUUAUUUUAAACUUGUUCAUUUUUUUUAUAAGGUUAGUAUAUCCUUUUUGUUUCGCGUCUUUAUUAUGUGGGACAUGUGUACUAUGGCGAACAAUUGAAACCAUUUAUUAAACAGUGCUAAAUUUAAGAAACAAUCUAAGGAUAUUUCUUUAUAGCCAGUUAGAUUCUUUAGAUUGGAUGUAAUUUUAUAAUAUUUUCUUCAUUUUUUAUUUUUCAUUACAGACUCGAUUUACAUGAGGUUUUUCGUAAAUUGUAGAUCAUUUUAAAAUUAGAAUAUGGCUUACAUACAUUACAAAAUUAUACUUUGUCAUAAAACUAACUCUUCUGUCAAUCCCGGAAAACUUGUAUGUUUGAUUAUAAAAUAUAAAUACACCCGGUGAUCGUGGCGCCAUCUGUUCGAAUUUUAUCGAAGUAUUAAUACUUUUCUUUUUUAGGAAGUAAUACAAUUUUUCUUUUCUAUGGAAUUCGCUAUAAUUUCUGAUGAUAAAAAUGCAGUUGACUUUUAGUAGGUAUCAGUAGCUUCGUAGAAUAAUGGCAAAAAGAAAAUCAAAUCUUGGUAGAUAUACUAUUGCUAAUAGAGGUCGGAGGAAACGAUUAGCCAGAAAAGCUGCUACUCAAAUGUCACCAGGAUGUGAUCGUGAAAAAAAAAUCGUGACUAUGAUGACCAACCAUGAUGAAGGUUAUAAAAAUAUGCUGGCUAGUUUCCGGAUUAACGACUUGAAAACAUUAUUGGGAGCUUUUGGUCGAAAUAAAGCAGGACGAAAAUCUGAAUUAAAAGAUCGGGCACUUGAAUUAUUAAGAACUAGACCCACUGGCUUUAACCACGCGGCAUAUGUAGCAAAAAUAUAUGAAAUAUAUCAUGCCAUGCUAACAGAUUUGCCUAAUAAUAAUGAUAUUAUGAUGCGCACCUUAUUACAAACCCAACAGAGACAAAUGAUGACCAUGGGGCAGAUACAGGCUCCACAACAAAGAAUGUACCAACAACCACCACAAUAUCCUCAACAGCCAAUGCAUAUGACCCUAUCUGGAUUACAACAGGUUAUGCCUCAAAUUCAAAGAGGGAUUUAUAGUAAUUCAAUUGGAGCAAAUACUAUGGCUAACAAUAACAUUCAAUAUAUAUCGGGCAGUUAUCAGCCUUCUGGACCUCGUUCUAUUACGUCAUCUCAUUUGUCCUCAAGUCAACAAAUGAAUGUGGUGCCAGAUCCAUUGGGAUAUGAUAUGAAAGGAAUGCCAGUUGGAAAUAAUUCUUAUACUCCAUCUCCUGAAGCUGUAGCCCUAAUCAAGUUCAAAAAGUUACCAUUUUACGAGGUAAUUGACGAAGUUCAUAAGCCAAUUUUUCUAGCUGGCACAGACAGAUGUACAUUACAAAACUUUCCUAGAGGUAUGAAAGAAUCGCAAUUCAAAAUUUUUUUGUCAGCCGAGAACGUCAAUAUGGUUGCCAUGAAUCGUGAUGUUUCCCCAGGAAAAAAUGAGUAUAUUUAUCAGUUCCAGAUUCGGAUUAGUCAGUUAGUGGAACCUAUGAGUAAUGAGGUAACAGAUUUUAUGCCUCUUGGACUACACAUUCGGCUUGGUGUGAAAGAGUGUCCAUUACCACCUACUGCUCCUAAUACUCGGCCAGGAGCUAAAUCCAGACGAUCUCCAAGACCUAUAAAUUGCACUCAACUUGUUAAACUUUCUCCAAUCACUCCCAACACGAUCUAUGUAAAUUGGACUCCUGAUGGAAAAAAAUAUGUUAUGGCUAUGUAUCUUGUAAAAAGAUUAACUUCAGAAACGUUGAUACAAAAACUUCAGGAUAAAGGAGGUAGGAGCACAGAAGAGACUAAAAACUAUAUAAUUAAAAAGUUAGCAGAUGUGGAUCCAGAUUUGGCCACUACAUCUUAUCGAUUUUCCUUGGUGUGUCCAUUGGGUAAAAUGAGAAUGAAGUUACCUGCAAAAUCUAUCCAUUGUGAUCAUUUACAAUGUUUUGAUGCUAGUACAUUUAUUUUAAUGAAUGAGAAAAAGUCAACAUGGAUGUGCCCAACAUGUAAUAAACCUUGUUUGUAUGACGAUAUACAAAUAGAAAAUUAUUUUUUGGAAGUUGUUUCAAGUCCAACACUCAAAGAGUGCAGUAAGGAAAUUGAAAUUUUAGCUAAUGGCACAUGGAUAGUUUAUGAAGAAAAUAAAGAGACAAAAACCACAAAUAGUACUCCUGAUGCAAAAUUAAAAUCUAUUGAUUUUGUGGAUUUAGAUAGCGAUGAAGAAAAAUCUAAUGAUAUGAAAGUAGAUCAUAACCCUAAAACUGUCAAACGCCAAGAAAACUCGAACUUUGUCGAUUUGACAUUAAGUGACAAUGAAGAAGAACCACCAAAAAAAAAAAGAUAAACAGGAAAAUGAGGCACAGGCCGCUGAUGCUAUACAACCAGUUGCUGUAGUUGAUUUAAAACCACAAGCUCAAGUACAGCCGCAACAAGCUGUUACCAGUUCUGAGCAAGGAGUAGUAAUUGAAAUAGACAGUCCAUCCCCUCCUUCGAGUCAUAUCCCUACAACUGAAUCCUCCUAAAUUUUAUUAUUGUUGCAAGUAAAACAAUUUUAAGAUACAUUAAACUUAUUUAAACAUUUUUA